AAUUCGAGAGGGUAACAGGAUUCACCCAUGAAGAAACUGUUGGCCGUAACUGCCGGUUCUUACAAGGCCCGCGGUCUGAGGAGAAGAGUAUCGCCCUAAUAAGGAAUGCUAUCAGCACCGGAGUGGAGUGUAAGACGAGCAUCAGCAACUACACUAAAGACGGGAAGUGCUUUAUAAACCUACUGACUAUGCAUCCAGUAUUCAACAAGAAG